CCAGCAGCGGAGGAAGAAGAAGAAGAAAAACACAUCUGGAUCCAAAGGGAAUAAAAUGUCGGAUUACACGGGUCUGCUUGAACGUCUCUGCUCCUGCUGUACAUUUGGCUUUUACCUGAGAGAGGAAUAAGUGCGCUGGGACGGAAACUCCUCCGGGUACUUUCGUGUGAAGAGCUGAAGUUGUCACACUAAGCAGCUUCUAACGAGCUGUCUUUGCUAUGGAUCAAUCCGUCGCAAUUCAAGAAACUUUGGAAAGAGAAGAAAACUGCCUCAUAGCUGUCCAAUGUGAUGUCCUCUUUGAUGACUUUUCAGAGAGCAGGCUGCUGGGAUUGGUGGAGUGCACAAAAGAACAUGCAAUCUUUAUUUACAACCAUCGGAGGAUGGCCAUUACUGCUGAUGAUGUGUCACUGGAGGAUGUUGUACCCAUCUCUCUUGAGUUUUCUGUUGUGGAGGUUUCUUCACCAGAGGAGCUUGCGGUUGUCGGUGGUGACACCCGGGUAAGAGUCAGCUAUCAGGAAGAGCAGCUGGAGCUCAGACUUCCUUUUGGAUCCCAGUCCCGGCUCUUCCUCAGUGAGGUCAACAGAGCGUGGAGUGAUGUUUGUAAGUCUCCCAACGAGCCACACAAAUUUGAAUGGAUCAGCAAGUACCACAAAGCCACCAGAGGCCAGGGAGUUGUCAAACAAACUUUUGCUCCCCUCGGCAACACAAUCACCAAACUCAACCAGCACCGGAAAACAGAUAAAACAUCGGACAAAAAGGGGAGCACGGAGAAGGAGAAAGCUUCCAAUAGCGUGGCGCAGAAGUCCAAAGCACAUCCCAGCACAGAGAGUCAAGGCAACUUCAGCCGAGAGGACCGGGAUGACAUGGUGCGCUCUUCUAGCCACACCCCGUCUAACAAAGCUCAGAUAUUGGCCAUGCCACAGUUCGGACUGCGAGACAACCUCAUCAAGUGUGAGCUGCUGAAGAAUGAGGACCUCUACACUUACUUGGAGGAUUUCAGCAUCUUUCUUGGUACAUACAAUGUGAACGGACAGACGCCGAAGGAAAGCCUCCGCCCAUGGCUGGGCUGCACUCUAAACCCCCCUGACAUCUACUGUGUGGGUUUCCAGGAGCUCGACCUCAGCAAAGAGGCUUUCUUCUUCAAUGACACCCCGAAAGAGCUGGAGUGGACUAAGGCUGUGUCUGAGUCCUUGCAUCCAGAUGCCAAGUAUGCCUUAGUGAAGUUGGUGCGUCUGGUUGGCAUCAUGCUGAUUUUCUACGUGAAGAAGGAGCAUGCAGAGUUUGUCUCUGAUGUGGAGGCUGAGACUGUGGGCACUGGCAUCAUGGGGAGGAUGGGGAACAAAGGUGCUGUGGCUAUCCGUUUUCGCUUUCACAACUCUGAUAUCUGCGUGGUCAACUCUCACCUUGCUGCCCACAUCGAGGAAUAUGAGAGACGUAAUCAGGACUACAGGGACAUUUGCAGCCGUCUCCAGUUUCGCCAGCUUGACCCUACGCAGCCUCCACUCACUAUCAUGAAGCACGAUGUGAUUUUGUGGAUCGGGGACCUCAACUACAGGAUCAGUGAUCUUGAAGUGGACCAUGUGAAGGAGCUCAUCAGCAAGAAGGAAUUUGAAACACUGCACAGUUAUGAUCAGCUGAAGAGGCAGAUCGAUGAGGAGGCUGUGUUUGUUGGCUUUGUGGAGGGAGGGAUUGAGUUUCAGCCCACCUACAAGUACGACACAGGCUCUGACAUGUGGGAUACAAGUGAGAAAUGUCGGGUGCCUGCGUGGUGUGACCGUAUCCUGUGGAGAGGGAAGAACAUCAAGCAGCAGCACUAUCAGAGUCACAUGGCUCUGAAGACCAGUGACCAUAAACCAGUCAGUUCAAUGCUGGUCACAGGGAUCAAGAGAGUAAAUGCUGAGGACUACAAGAAGACCUUUGAAGAGAUCGUCCGCAAUAUAGAUAAAAUGGAGAACGAGUGUAUUCCAUCAGUAACCGUGUCCAAGCAAGAGCUCCACUUUAAGGAUGUGAAAUACAUGCAGCACCAGGCAGAGACACUGAGCCUCUUCAAUGACGGGCAGGUCCCAUGUCAGUUUGAGUUUAUCCAGAAGCCGAAUGAGCCCACAUACUGCAAGCCUUGGCUUACAGCCAACCCCCCAAAAGGCUUUAUCGCUCAGGGAGGUUCUGUGGAAAUUGAGCUUGAGGUUUUUGUGAACCGCUCAACAGCGCCGGAUCUUAACUCUGGAAAGGAGCAGAUAGAAGACAUAUUGGUGCUGCACUUGGAGCGCGGCAAAGACUACUUCAUCUCUGUGGCAGGAAACUACCAGUCCAGCUGCUACGGCACUUCCAUCCAAUCACUGUGUCAGUUGAGAGAGCCCAUCCAGGACAUGCCGCAAGAAACCCUCCGUGAACUGAUGGAGAUGUCAGGAGAUGGGAACGCAGCAAAAACUGAAAAGCCUCUAGACAUUCCUAAAGAACUGUGGAUGAUGGUGGAUCACUUGUUCCGCAAUGCAAUCAAACAGGAAGACAUAUUUCAGCAGCCUGGGCUCCGGAGUGAAUUCGCAGAAAUAAGGGAUUGCCUUGACACUGGCAUGCCAGAUUCUCUUCCGGGCAGUAACCACUCAGUAGCAGAGGCCCUGCUUCUCUUUCUGGAUGCCCUACCUGAGCCUGUGGUUCCCUUUUCCUUUUACCAGCAGUGCCUAGAAAGCUGUCCCAGUGCCAGUCUGUGUGAGAAAGUUAUUUCCAUGCUACCUCAGUGCCAUCAAAAUGUGUUCAACUAUUUAGCUGCCUUUCUCCGUGAGCUAUUGAAGAAUUCUGCAAGCAAUCGGUUAGAUGUCAGCAUCUUGGCCACCAUUUUUGCCUCCCUAGUCCUGAGGUCGCCAACAAAGCAGGAUCUUGCAGAAAAGAGGAAGACUCAGGAGUUCUUUCAGCACUUCCUGACCCAAGGAUCUUCCUAGAUGGAGGACUUCUCUCUCUCUUUUUUCACGCUGAAGCUUAACACUACAAACUGUACAGUCCAGUAUUUGAAAUAAAAUGUUAUGAUUUCAUA